ACUAAAGUUGGCGUGUGACAGUGCGCUCCAGCUGUAAACACUGAAUUCCGGUACAUCUGGCAUGUCGACUGGUUAGUUCGAGUGCAGUUGACUUUCAUGUGCGAAGACACAGAAGAAACAAAUCCUAGGCGGAAAAGGAGACAAAGAAAAAGCUGCAUAAUACUGUAACGUCCAGAUGGAUGUGAACAUGGAGACGUGUGAGGCAGGUGAAAAUAUCCUAGAAUUAAGGACCAUAAAUGUUAAGGAGGAAGACUGUGAAUGGGAGUCUGUCCACCCUAAACAGGAAAGUGUGGACAUUAAGGAUGAGGAGUGUGAAGUGGGGUCAGUGCAAAUUAAAGAAGAGGUUGAAGAGAAGUCUGUCAACAUGGAGACACACAAAAAUAAAACUGUGGAGAGUGUCAAGGAAGAAGACCCUCAUUAUGGGUGUCAAGAUGGACCGAUGACCGGCUUAGUCUCUUCUCAAAGCAGACACUGCUCAUCUGUCAAAGUGAAGUCUGAAUCCUUACAGUCUGACACAGAGGAAAUUGAGGAAAAUGCAACUGUUGGCGCUCAAGAAGAUCAGCCACCACCUGCAAAUCAGUCUGGUAAAAGAGACAAACGUCACUGCUGUUCUGAAUGUGGCAAGCUAUUUUGCCACAAGAGCUCCCUUCAGAGCCACAAAAGAAUUCACACAGGAGAGAAACCAUAUUGCUGUAAUGAAUGUGGCAAAUGGUUUCGUUGCAGGAGUCACCUUCAGCGCCACAAAAGAAUUCACACCGGAGAAAAACCUUAUUCCUGUUUGGAAUGUGGUGCACGAUUCACCUGUAACACCAGUCUUCAGAGCCACAAAAGAAUUCACACUGGAGAAAAGCCAUAUUGCUGCUUGGAGUGUGGCAAAAGAUUCUGUAACAUGGGUACUCUGCAGAAACACACAAGAUUUCACACGGGAGAGAAACUAUUUAGCUGUUUAGAAUGUGGCCGGCAAUUCUAUGAUGAGAGAAGUCUUCAGAGUCACAAAAGAAUCCACACUGGUGAGAAGCCAUAUUGCUGUUCCGAAUGUGGGAAACGAUUCUAUGACAAGAAAAGUCUUCAGAGUCACAAAAGAAUUCACACUGGAGAGAAGCUGUAUUGCUGUUCUGAGUGUGGCAAACAAUUCUCAAAUAUCAGCAGUCUUAAGACCCACACUGCAAUUCACACUGGAAAGAAACCAUAUUGCUGUUUAGAAUGUGGAAAACAAUUCUAUAACAAAAGCUCUCUUCAGAACCACACUAGAGUUCAUACUGGAGAAAAUCCAUUUUGCUGUUUGGAAUGUGGAAAACAUUUCCGUACCAAGAGUAAUCUUCAGGGCCACACUAGACUUCACACUGGAGAAAAGCCUUUUUGCUGUAUAGAAUGUGGCAAAAAAUUCCAUAGCAGGAAUAAACUUCAGAGCCACACUAGAGUUCACAGUAGAGAGAAAGAAUCCCUAAGGAGUACAUUAGAGAGGGCAAGAAGCAAAAGGAAGAAAGGAGAAAAGAGAGUGAAAGAAGUCAAAAAGUCACCUUCAAAGGAAGAAACAGCUGCCGUUUACCAUAACGCCAAGAUGCAUGUGAAAGAGGAUACGUGUGGGGCUGAAAUAAAUACCAUGGAGUUAACUAUUGCAAAUAUUAAAAAAGAGGACUGGGAAGAGGAGUCUGUUCACCCUAACAAGGAGUGUCCCCAGGUCAAGGAGGAGGAUUAUAAGAUGGAAACUGUAGACGUUAAAGGAGAGGCAGAGGAGAUGUCUGUCAGCAUCGAGACGCACCAACGGGAAAUCAUGAUGGAUGACGACGUCAAGUUGAGGUCUGAAUCAUUGCAGCCUGACACAGAGACGUCUGAGGACAUUUUGCCUGUCAGAACUCGGAAAGGGCAACCACCACGUACGCAUCAGUCCAGCAAAAGAGGUAAGCCUCACUACUGUUCUGAAUGUGGCAAACAAUUUUGUCGGAAGAGUUCCCUUCAGAGCCACAAUAGAAUUCACACAGGAGAAAAGCCUUUUUGCUGUAACGAAUGUGGCAAACAAUUCCGCGAGAGUACCCAACUUCAGCGCCACAAGAGAAUUCACACUGGAGAGAAGCCGUAUUGCUGUACGGAUUGUGGCACACGAUUCCGUCACAAUAACAAUCUAAAGAGCCACAAAAGAAUACACACAGGAGAGAAGCCGUAUUCCUGUUCUGAAUGUGGCAAACAAUUCAGUGACAGUAGUUAUCUUCAGAGCCACAAGAGAAUUCACACAGGAGAGAAGCCAUAUCACUGUACGGAAUGUGGAAAACGAUUCUGUAACAGGGGGUCUCUGGACAGCCACAGAAGAGGUCACACUGGAGAGAAGCCAUAUUGCUGCAAUGAAUGUGGCAGACAAUUCUCUGACAGUAGUACUCUUCAAAACCACACAAGAAUUCACACUGGAGAGAAGCCAUAUUGCUGUGUGGAAUGUGGCAAACUGUUCCGUAACAGGAGUGGUUAUCAGAGUCACACUAGAGUUCACACUGGAGAAAAACCAUUUUGCUGUUUGGAAUGUGGCAAAAAAUUCUGUGACAGGAGGACUCUUCAGAAACACUCAAGAAUUCACACCGAAAAGAAUUUGAAGAAAGAAAAGCCAUAUUGCUGUUCAGAAUGUGGCAAAAAAUUUCGCUACAGUAGUGGUCUCCAGAAACACACUAUAAUUCACAUGGGAGAGAAGCCAUUUUGCUCUUAGGAAUGUAGCAAAUGGUUCUAUGACAGGAGUCCUCUUCAGAGACAAACUAGAAUUCACAGUGGAGAGAAGCCCUGAGGAGUGAGUUGGAAGGAGAAAGAGGCAGGAGUCAUCUGGUUCAACUGCUCAAAAUUUUGACAAGUAACUUCAUGCUAAAUCUCAUCAGGCAAAACUAGUUUCCUAGACCAGGACAAAGGUGGUAACAGUAGUGCAACAUCUUCAGAUGAAGUGAACAACCCCAUUGUGGUAACGGUCCCGAUGUGCAGUGUUCCUGGUCCCACCGCAUUGGAAUAGAGACUAACUAAACUUAGAAAAAGUGAAAUCACAUAACUUUCUGACAAAAAUACAACAGUUGAAAAUGAUGUACUGCCAGAAAAGGAAGGAGACUUGAGUCCAAUAACUUGCACUCGGUCAGACUCGAGUUAUAAAUAUGAUUUUGAACAAAAGGCUUCAAAUGGACUUGGACUUGAACAGCAAUGACUUCCAAUUGGACUUAGGGCUAAGCCAAUGGUCAAUGAUAUCGCGCAUUGCUGAUUGACUGAACCCGUCUUCAGCGUAAAUAAACAUUGUGGGUUGGCUCAUUUGCUGAAUUUUCCCCAAUGUGGCCAACCACAUCCUGCGCUUUUAGUUUUUUUUUUAAUCUUGGGGGCUUCACAAGAAAGCUGACUGACAUUUGCAUUUGUAGCAGCAGUUGCGUGAGAUUCCUGAGUUUAGCACCAAUGUGAUUUAGCUGAGGAAAUGGCAGCCUGGUUACUACAUCACGCCCAAAGUUGAAAUGGGAAGAGUGCACGUAGUGCGUCCAGACUCCGAAAGCCCACGGUUUCUUGCUGAUUUUGUUGCUCUUUUAGAUAGCUCACUAUCCUGAAAAUGAUUUCUUUGUAAAGUGUCCAACAUAUAACCAGAGCUAAAUGGAGGGUCUGUUUUCAGAUUUUACAAAGCAGCAGAGAUAGCCUUGCAAGAGUCCAUUUUUUGCAACUAAGCGGAGCUCUUUACAUUUUUUUUUUUAACUUGCUAAAAAGCGGCAGCUGAAGUUAAUGCACACUCUUAUUUUUGCUACUUAACUGAGAAAACCUUUUUUUUUAAUAAGAAAUAAAAGUUGCUUUCCCCUAUCCCUUCUUCUUCAAAAUGAUCAUGUAAAAAAAAAAAGGUUAUUUGAUCAUUAUCACAAAGUCAAGGUUAUUAUUUUUUUUUAUGAAAAUCAAAAACUGCAUUUUGGAAUUUUUGCAUUGCCUUUCAGUUUUUCCAGAAAACACUGCACUCGUGUUCAGCUUAACAAGAUGGCGUAUGACCUUAAACCUGUCAGCUGAAAAAGUUAAAGAAUCUCCCAUACAGAAAGGUUUUGACACAAAUUACACAAUUUGCUGCUGUUAACGUGCUAAAUAUUUCAAAUCCACUGAAAAAACGCGUGCUUGAGAGGAUAAAUUAGGAGCUUGGGAGUGGACAAACGUGACUCAACACAUUAAAAAACUGAAUGAAAACAAAAUGAAACCUGCUGUCAAGCAAUGGUAGACCAUCAAUAAGGGGAAUGCUUUGAGCAGUUAAAGCUAUGGAUGAUUGAAAGUGACUCGGAAAUCAUUAAAAAGGUACACAGGUCUUCAAGUGACCAAUGGUAUAAAACUAGAAAUAAAAAAGAAGAAAAGGGUAGAACAGAAGCACUUGUGUCCAAAAUGGAUAACGGAAGGUCAGAGGGCCAAGAAAAUAAUAAACAAAGGUAGAAGGACAGAGUGGCCUAGGAAAUGAAGAACGUCCCCUGGACCUCACUGAGACAGAGGGAGGAUCUUGUUAAACAACACAACCUGAUGUUUAAGGGAAACAAGUCAGUACCUGAAGUAAAGCGAAGUACAGUUCCUAGGAAGAGGAGUCGAGUUACUAGGGUCACAUAGUUUGCAGCUCCCCACAAAUCCUCUGGCCGAGAACUACAGGUGUUAAGCAAAACUGAAUUGACCAAGUCACCUGACCAGCCUGUGUGCUAGCUGAGCAGAUCUUUAACAAUCUUAAAAAUAAAAACACACCGAUUAUAGACAAACACUCCUGCAAGUAUACACAUCUACACAGUCUGAUUUGAUCGAAAGGAAGAUGCAGAAAGAAAAAAACAAAAAAAAACAAAAACCGAACAGCAUUGGGGUCCCAUGCCAUUAUGCAUAAUGAAAGAUGCCCCUCUAGAAUGGACAAUUAAUGACCUACUGACACCAAGGAGGAUACUGAGGGCCUGGAUAAUGGAAGCAAAAGAACAACAUGACUACCUGUGAACAAAUGAUUUGGAUUUGUUAAGACUGGUUUCAGUAUUAAUACGUGGGUAGCAAAGAUGGGUGAUCAAUAUUGGUGAGUUUAAGUAUUAGUUGCUGUGGUGGAAAAUUUUGUAGAUGAGUUGGUAAAUAUUUUGCAUGUCUUUAUUUGUAAGUCAGACAAAGCAAAUGCAAUAUUUAGUGUUUAUUCAUGUGAACAGUGAUGCUUUGAUGUGUAAAGAUCAGCCCCAUCCAUGAGUCUUUAGGACGGGGGGGAAGGGGUGCCUUAAACCAGUUUGGCAAGUGAUUCUCUGCAGGAUGGGAAGACCACCUCGCUGGGAAUGGAGCAUCAGACAUUUGGCAAGGGUGACCAUGUUUGGACUGAGAGCCUAAAAGCCAUAAACAAAGCAACUACCUAACCACCCCCACCCAUGGAGGCCAAACUACCAGGCUGGCAAGCAUCAGCUCAACCAAUGGUUUUGGGAGAUGAAAGGUAUGAGAGGUAUUGUGUGCCCCCCAGUUGAUCUGGAAUAUGGCUGUUUGGGAUUGGUUUUGCAUCAGAGGUCAUUCUGUACCACGACUCCUUAUUGGUAUAAGGGGUUGGACAGAGAAUUUAUUCAUUUGUUUGCUUCACCCCUCCCUCUCUCUCUCUCUCUCUCUCUCACACAC